CAGAAAUUAAUGGCCAUGAGUUCGUAUAUGGUGAACUCUAAGUAUGUGGAUCCCAAAUUUCCUCCUUGCGAGGAAUAUCUGCAGAAUAGCUACCUAGGCGAGCAGGGGGCCGAGUACUACAGUGCCUCGCAGGGCUCUGAUUUCCAGCACCAGGGACUCUACCCACGGUCAAACUACAGCGAACAGCCCUUUAGCUGUAGCAAUGCCCAAGGCUCUGCCGUGCAGCCGCGGGGUCAUGGACAGGAGCCAUCCGGUCCGGCGAGCCACUUCCCCGGCCCAGCAGAGCAUUGUCCACCGCCUCCAAUGCCCAACCCGCGAGCCUGCAGCCAGCAGCCAGCCCUCAAAGCCCCAAACGGGUCAGCAGUUAAGCAGCCAGCAGUAGUUUAUCCCUGGAUGAAGAAAGUCCAUGUUAACUCGGUGAAUCCCAAUUACAGCGGAGGGGAACCUAAACGCUCCCGCACAGCUUACACCAGACAGCAAGUCCUAGAACUGGAAAAAGAAUUUCAUUUUAACAGGUACCUGACCAGGCGCCGCCGUAUCGAGAUAGCCCAUACUUUAUGUCUCUCUGAGCGCCAGAUCAAGAUCUGGUUUCAGAACAGAAGAAUGAAGUGGAAAAAAGAUCACAAACUGCCCAACACGAAGGGCAGGUCUUCUUCCUCUGGUUCAAACCCCCAUUUACAGACUGGUUCCAAGGACCAUCAGACUGACUUGACAACUUUGUAGAAGAGGUGAAAUUUUCCAUUUCAUCCUUUGCUUCUGACCUAUACUGUAAAUGCCUAACACUGCCCAAGCAGAAUCUGCGUGUAGCAGCUAAGGACUCGAGAAACUGUCAUCUUUCCUUAAGGUACUGUUGUACAAAGGAGACAAUGACGCUACUUUGGACUUUAUUUUGUCUGCCUCUGCUAGCACAACAUAUAAAGAGGGAAAAGAAAGAAAGAAAGAAAGAAAGAAAGAAAGAAAGAAAGAAAGAAAGAAAGAAAGAAAGAAAGAAAGAAAGAAAGAAAGAAAGAAAGAAAGAAAGAAAUCAAACCAACCAACCAAAAAACCCAAACAACACAAAACCAUCAUGCAGGCAGUGGGAAUUGGGAAAAUAUUAAAUAAGACCUGUUCAUAAAAAGUAAUAAAUCAUUGAAAAUGAAACUGUCCUGUGUUUCAGUUUUGAAUUUGGAAGUGAAGGUUUGAUGCUUUAUUCUGGGAUUUAUAUUUUUGUCUUUUAUAUCCCGUGCAAUUUCGGGAGGAUGUACUUGGGCAAGUUGAAGACAGGAAUUUAUAGCAUAGUCUUUGAUUUGAACAUAAAGACUGGUAAUUGUGAACUUUUUGUGAUGCUUUACCUUUCUUGGUGUAAUGAAAAUACUUGUCCAUUUCCAUAACGACUCAGAAGAUGUGCAUAGGAAUUAAGUGGAAACGGGUUAUUUUAUGUACUGAUAGUGUUAGAGUAUUUAUUUAUUUGUUAUUCAGAAGAGUGAAGAUGAAAGAAAAAUGGUCAAACCAAAAAUUAGAAAGAGGGGAAUGAAAUGCAUCGUAUCUCCUUCUCAGUCUCAUGAAUACAUGUAUGUUUACUUCCUCUUGAACGUACACAACUUUCUUGUCCCUUUUUUGAAUGUCCUUCUUCAUGAAUAGGAAAAGUGUCCCUGCUCCUUGCAGUGUGCUAUCCAGGGCUAACAGGCUCCAAAUCUGUUUCUAAAGUCUGCUCAGCUCAGCU